UCGGCUGUAGUGACGUGUUCACAGCAGAGACGCGCAGCUGAGAGUGACACAGCGGCAGCACCGCUCAGGAAAGACAGUAUGUCAGAAGGAGACAGUUCUAGUGAAUCCAUCCAUGGGAAACCAUCUGCUAUAUCAAGCUUCUUUACACGUCUUGGACAGGUCUAUCAGUCAUGGUUGGACAAGUCAACUCCGUUCUCAUCAUUUCGUUGGGCAGCUACUCUUGUCCUUACAGCCGUAUACAUGAUCAGAGUAUAUAUACUACAGGGGUGGUACAUAGUCACAUACGCUCUCGGAAUCUACCAUCUCAACCUGUUCAUCGCUUUCCUUUCGCCAAAAGUGGAUCCUUCACUGCUUGAUGACCCAGAUGACGGUCCAUCGCUUCCGACAAAGAACGAGGAGUUUCGGCCGUUCAUUAGAAGGCUGCCGGAGUUUAAAUUCUGGCAUUCUGCAACAAAAGGCAUCGUCAUCGCUAUGAUUUGCACAUUCUUUGAAGCCUUCAACGUGCCUGUGUUCUGGCCCAUCCUUGUAAUGUACUUUAUUAUGCUUUUCUGCAUCACCAUGAAGCGUCAGAUCAAGCAUAUGAUCAAGUAUAGGUACCUGCCCUUCACACACGGGAAGAGGAUAUACAGAGGCAAGGAAGACACAGGGAAAACCUUUGCUAGUUAAAAUCCCCCAUACUGAAAUUAAAGUUAUUGAUAAAGAAUGAGGAAACAUGAGCAUGAGGGAGUUAAAAUAUAACAAAUGGAUGGAGAGGGUUCGAGCAUUUUUUUUGGUUUCUUUUUUUUCCCCCUUUAAAUGAUGACGUUAUGGACCCUAACAGCUAAUACAGGUUUAGAUAGAGAUUUUUGGAAUCAGCACUGUAGGUGAGGAUCAAAUUGUGUUUUUCCUAUUAAUGUGCUUCAUGUUUUAUGGGGGUUUAUACAGUAUAUAUAUGUAUAUUUUAAAGGGUAAAUUGAAAUUAUUUUGAAUGUUUUUUUUUCUCUCUUUCUUAACACGUGAUUACAGUUGUAAUUCAUUUCUUGCCAUUAAAUAAAAUGACACCAGUGGAAUAUUAGACUUGUAAAUUUCUCAUCCAGUGCAUUGCAUGUUUUUUUUUUUGGUUCACUUGUGCUGCUGUUAAAAAGAAAACAAAUGAUUUUAAUAACACUGUAAAUUUUUUCACUCCAAAUGCUAUUAAAUGACAGUGACCCUUCACCUGUUGUGCUGAGCGUUCACUUUUUGAUUGUGUAACAGUGGUCCCCAACCACCGGUCCGUGGGUCAUGUAUUACCACAUAGAACGAAUAAGUAAUUAGAGAUCGCUACAGGAGCAAUUAAAUUUCCUAUGCUCUUCGGGUGUUAUUGUUUUUAAUCACCACUAGGUGGGAGCAGAGUCUCGUUGCAGCGAAAAAGCUCAGGAUUCACCCUGAUUUUCCAUUUUAGUCGCUAUUUCAACUUUAUAAACGAACUGGAAGCAGAGAUAUUUAAAGUCGUCCACUUUUCAAACGUCGUUUUAUGUGUUAAAGAGAGAGCUAAGGGUAAUUGUACAAUACUUAAAUAUUAAAUAAAGAAUUAAAACUG